AUGUCACGCCACCGGCAGACCUCAGUCAGCUCGGCUGGGAAGUCUUCUAGAAAAGAAAAAGCUGUCGCAGAGCAAAAUGAUUUUACUUCGACAAAGGCAUUGAUGAAAUACUUUGAACCUGCAGCAGCCACAGCUUCCAUGCUCCUUUAUGGACAGGGUUCCUCCGUUGUCGUCGCGCAUCAUGAUAGCCUCACAAUAGAGAGGCGAUUUUCGAGGCACUCGGCCGAGGUGCAAUUAUUAGCAGUUGAUACGCAAAGUGAAAUUGGCGCUGGCCGUUUGGUCGUGAGCUACGAUGCCGACAUGACGGCUAUAGUUUGGGAUUUGAUGACGGGCGAUGAGGUCGCGCGCUUCGCGUCAUAUGAAAAUCUCACUUGCGCAGCCUGGAUGCGCAAUGGAAAUGUCGCUUUUGGUAAUUCUCAAGGAAGCAUCAUAUUAUUUGAACCCACAACAUCGGAACACAUCUCGGCAAGGACAAUUGAUCAAAUCACGGUCACGGCACUUGCUCCAGCAGCAGACUGCAGGACAUUUGCCAUUGGAUAUCAAAAUGGAUCUCUCCUCAUUGCAACUCUGCAGCCAAGAUUCCAAAUCUUGCACAAUCUAAGUACCUCGAGGGCACCGUCGCCCAUUGUCAAUUUGGCCUGGCAUGCUUCCUCGCCUCGCCAAAAGUCGGACAUGUUGGCCGUGCAGACCAACGACGGUGAUCUUCGGGUCUGGAGUGUGGCAAAGUCUUCGACCGGCGAUGAUCCUGCCAAGGUUGUGAGGAUACUGAAGCGCACAGAUAAUUUCCAAAAUGGACCCAACUGGAUGGGCUGGUCAAAGAAUGGCCGCAUUAUCCAGUACUCGGAAAGUGAGACUCUUUCAUGGGAUGUUCGAACAAAACACGUCACCUAUGACAGCAUUCCAACACUGGAGCAUGUGCGAGGCCUCGCUGUCUACGGUCCUGGUGCCAGCUUGUUCACGCUAGGAGCCAACAAUACCGUCCAGCAAUUCGACCUGAACACGCCGUCCCUGAUGGUGGCCAAUGUUCAGCACCCAGCUAACCUCUUACCGCCCUCACCUCCGGUAUCCAUCGAGGAGCAGGUCGAGCAAGGGAUCGUUGUCAUCGCCACCGACUCGGACUCGGUAUCUGUUCCUAUCACGUCCGAGGUCUCUGAGAGCGAUGAAGAUCACAUGUCGCCAUUGGCUAGGAUCGUUCGUGGGACCGACGUCGCCAAUGAUCCAUACGAGCAAGAUCGCUACAUGGCGGCAAGCCCAGUGUCGUCGAGGAGCCACGCGUCUUCAACCUUGUCCAAGUCGUCGGCUGGCUCCAGCACCCGUGGGCGGCAGGCGCCCUCGGUCAUGUCUCGUGGAAUGACGGAAAACACUUACAUCUCCACCGGCUCCUCCUCAAUGCGCUCCUCCGCCAUGCCUCCCUAUGGGGACAAGGAUGCUUACUCAAUCAGCAGCGUCAGCUCGGCAUCUGUUACCUCGUCCUCGCACGCGUCCCGUCGCCACCGGCCCUCGCGCCUGAGGAACGAGGUCCCUAGGAGUCCCGAUGACAACAAAGUUCAUGACCUCUUCAAGUUCACUCGCAGCAGGCUUCAUGAUGUUCCUUAUAAGCGAACACCGCUGGCUGACCAGACCCGUUUGACUAAUGAUGACCUCAGAAGACAGAUGCUGAGUAUUAUCUUUGGCUGGAAUAAGGAAAUUCAGGACCUUGUUCGAGAUGAAAUGUCUAGACACCCGAAUGGGUCCUCGAGCCGUAUUCUUUUGGCCAAGUGGCUCGGUGAUAUUGAUGCAGACAUCAUGACCGCCUCGUCCGAGAACAUGACCUCGUCCGAUUGGAUGCUGCUUGCUCUGAGUGGUAUUGGUGGUCAGGCUUCUCAGCACAAACUAGGUCGAGCAUAUGUACAGAGGCUCUUGGAGAGUGGCGAUAUCCACGCAGCUGCGACCAUCAUGAUUGGCAUGGGUGAUCAGAAUGAUGCAAUUGAGAUUUAUGUCUCGCACAAGCGCUUCAUGGAAGCAUUGAUCUUGCUCUGUCUUUUCUACCCCAACGUCUGGGAACGUCAAUCCCAGAUCAUCAAGAAAUGGGGCGAGUUUGCAGUUCUACAUGGCCAGCAACAGUUGGCGAUUCGUUGUUUUGCUUGUACUGGACAAGAAUCCACGGAGCCCUGGACGUCCCCAUCGGCGGCUCAGGUGACAUUCCAAAGUAUGGACGCUACUAUUCCGGAAGUCCUGAGUCCUCCAUUGUCUCCUCCUGGAAUCAACCUGGGACCACAGCGGAGCAUUGCCAAGACCUCGGCCUUGAAGCUCAUCACCACAUUUGGUGAUCAAGGUUCCAAGUCAAAGUUCUUUGCGGCUGGUGAUGGUGGACAAACGCCCAUUGCGGCUGGCGUCACUCCGAUUGCUGAAUCUGCCGUUUCACCAGGUGGCCGUGAUCCCACCACGGCGUUCCUCAAGCCAUCUUCCCGGAGUACUUAUAAUACCCCGUCUUCAGCGCGUGCUGUGACGCCUGGAGGUUUCGGACGGCCUCGUCUGCCCUCUAUUGGCGAGGCUCGCGUUGAAGUUCCGGCAUUGAAACCUCAAGAGGCACAAAAAGAACGCACUCAUUCAAGGAAGUCAUCCUACGAGGACCAGCAAAUGAUUGCUGGCCUGUCCGUGACUCGUGCUUCAACUGCAAGCCCCAUGAUGAUGCGCGAGAACCACCGCAAGAAGGGUCAUCCUCCCCCAUCACCCUCGCCCGAGUCCUUUGCUGCUUUGAUGGCUUCUGGGCGCUCAAGCCGCAAUGGUGCCCGCGAUAGAGUACCCGAUGGAAUUGACUUGAAAUUGCAAUCGAUUGAUGAUGCAGUCACGAGCGACAUUACCUCGCCUGAGCAGUCUGUCACAUCCUCGACCCGCUUCCACUGGCCAUCCCGCAGGCGAGGUCCCGGAUCGGUCGCAAGCUCUGUCACUUCCAGUUCAAGUGCUGGGCGAAGCCUUCGCAGCGGCCAUGGUACCCGGGCCGUGAACAACUACAUCUCUAGCUUGGACACAGCCCAGAGCUCCUCGAGAAGGCAGCGCAGUCGCGAGAGCAGCCGACCGCGACAGGACGAGCGGCGUACGCGUAGCAGCAGCAGGAACCGCAAAGACCAGCGUGCGUCUUCCGGAGAUCGGGGUCGUGGCACUGUUCGAAACUAUACUCCCAAGCCUGCCAAGCGCUCGCCCACCUCUCCAUUGCCCAUGUCUCCAGAGGACCUGCUGAACCUCAGCACUCCCCGGGUCAAUGAGGGAAUUGUUGGCAACGAAUCUAUAAUUCCUCUACAACUCGACAGCCAUGAACCAUCCACUGUUCGCAAGUCGAGCCAGAUUCGUGUCUCAAGCCGGACAUCAAGCCGAGGCCGCAAAAGAAGUUCCGAGAGGAGGCCACCCGCCCUGGACUUGCGCGGUAGAAGCAAGAGUCGUGGAGAUGGCUCAGUUGCCCGCUCGCCAUCUUCGCCCCUGCCCAUGUCCAGCCAAGCUGCGCAGUUCUAUGGCGGCUCCGACGACGAGGAAGACUACAGAGCUGCAGUCGAGGCUCAGGAGAUGUUCCGCGCCAAGCACAAUGGCAGUCGCGGUGCAAAAGAACCUGCCUCUCCUGCCGUCUCCCGUCGGGACGGUUCUGUGCCGCAUCGCAGGCGAACCAAGACACCUGCCCUCGAGGACGUUCAAGCAACAAUCAAGCAGGCACCCCAGGUUGUUUUCGAUGUGACCGAGCCUGUACGUAGCGGCGACCUGAAGCAGAUCCUGAACGAGAGACAACUCAAGAAGGAGGCUGCUGCUCGCGAGCUGGAGGAACGUCGAAAGUCGCUCGCUCGAAGACCCUCGGCUCCUCCGAUUCCCCACCCCGAUGAGCUGUCGCCCAUUGCUUCAAGGCCUCCUACGGCGUUCGAGCUCCCUCAGACGACUUUCACACCCCAAGACCUCCCUCAAAGAAGUCAGACCGCCGACUUUGCUAGAAGCUCAUCAUAUGCCCGAACGGGGAACAGACCCUUCAUUGGUCUACCGGCAACGCCCAAGGCAAUGAGGCUGCAGUUUGACAGCCAUGGUGUGGGAAAACCCAAUGUGCCUCCUGUUCCCAUGGCCUACGUCAAGACUUCGCCUUCGUCUUCUGCCCAGCCAUCUCCGAACAACCUCCCUGUCAGCUCUCCCGAAAAGUCACCCCAGUCCUCGCAACAGGAGUCCCUCCUCACCCUGCUGCCUUCAACUGUUUACUCGCCCCCAAUGCGCCCAGGCAUUGAGAGGUGCAUGUCUGCUCCCAUCCCAGAGGAGCCCAUGGCUUCCGCCGGUUCUCCGAUGCGCCCGUCUCAGCCAUCAAGCAGGCAAGGUCGACGAGGCUCCGUCUCGCGCAAGAUGAGUGUUCCAGAUGCCCAUAUCGGGGGCAGGGGAAUUGAUGAAAUGAUCAACGCCCCCAGACACUCGCGUCAGGCCUCUCGCGACGACCAGAUGCCACCACCUCCGCCUCCUCCCCCGAUUCUGAGAGAGCUGCAGCACCUGGCGACGCCUCCACCGCCACCGCCCGCUCCUAUCCCGGGUAUGCGCCCCCAAGUCCUCGGCAGCGCCGGAUCCGGCACCAUUGAGAUUGUCAUGGACGAGGAUGAUCACAGUGAUGGACCCGCGGGCAUUCCCGUUGCCGUUCCUGUGAGCGAGGCCACGGUGCCCAUCAUUGCCCCUCCGGCUCCACGCAGCCAGAGCCAUGCCCGCGGCCGCAGCUUCUCGGAAAAGGACAACAGCAUCGCCAGCCGCAUCAGUCGGGCCACGGAGCGCAUGCGCUCUGCCAGCCGCGGUCGCAACAACUCGAUCCUCGGCAGCCGCACCAAAUCUCCCGAGCAGACUUCGCCUUAUGAGAGCUUGCUGCCCCCCGUGAGCUACAAGGCCCCCAUGAUUGAGCAACAGCAGCAGCCUCGUGAGCCCCAGAUGAUUGAGAGACAUCCUCGCGAGGUGAGGGCAGCAUACCAGCAGCAACAGCAACAGCAGCAGCAGGCCUACACGAUCGGAGUCAACGAAGGCGAAAUGUUUUAG